AUGUCUUUUGAUAUUAAUUGGAACCAACUAACAAUUGAUGAUACAAUCAAUCAAUCAAUAAAAGAAUUUUUGGAUCAACAAUUCAAAAAAAUCUCCCUCCCAUCGUUUAUUUCCAAUCUUUCAGUGACUGAUUUCAAUUUAGGAGAAAUCCCUCCGGAAAUAACCAUUCGACAUAUUGGUGAUCCCUUUGAGGAAUUUUAUGAAGAUGAAGAUAAUUUGGGAGCCACCAAUGAAACCAAUCAUAAUUUAAAUGAUGAACGUCUGACUAUGGGGAAGAGCCAAGAGAAUGGGAUCCAUAAGGAUAAUGCAUACAACAGUCAAAACUUUGAUGAUGAUGACGACGAUGACGAAGGCGUCGAUGAAGAUGACGAUGACGAUGAAUACGACGAUCAUGAUUUGGGGACCAUCAACGAAGGGAUUAGUUUAUUGAACUUUAACGAUAGUUCAACCACUCCUUCUGGUAACUCAUUUGGAGGUCUGAUUGCACCUUUGCCACCACCACCUUUAAACCCCUCAAGAGAUUCUUUCCACUCCAUCCUUCACCCUUAUGGUGUUAAUAGCAUAAUAGGCGCAACAGGUGCUGGGUCAGAAACCCCUACAAAUAUACUAAAUCAAAAUUAUCUAUCGUCCAGAGUAUUACCAAAAAUAUCUGUAAAACAAAAACAACCACAUCACGACGACAAUGAUAUUCAACUUAUUGUGGAGAUAAAUUACAAAGGUGACAUGCAUAUCAACUUGUUGGUGAAUUUAUUGGUGAAUUAUCCAUCCCCCAAUUUCAUAUCAUUGCCAAUAAAGUUACAUAUUACUGAUAUAGUGAUACAUUCAAUUGCCACCAUUGCUUAUUUAAAAAAAUCGGUCUAUUUGUCUUUCCUUUGUGAUGUUGAUGAUGCAUUCCCUGAUUUUGAUAGCAAUAAUAAUGCACAAACACCUACAUCUACCACAGGUGGGAAUUUUGUUGACUAUUAUUCCAAUGAUGCAGCUAUCAAUAAAGAAAGAAUAGAUAUCGUUAAAAAGAUCAAAAUUGAAAGUGAAAUUGGUGAAGUUGAGAAUAAUAUACUAAGAAAUGUGGGCAAAGUUGAAAAAUUUUUGGUUGAACAAUUAAGGAAUAUUUUGCGGGAUGAAAUUGCUUGGCCAAGUUGGAUUUGUAUUGAUAUGAAUGAUGAUGGUGAUGAUGACGAUGAUGAUGAAGUGGAAGAUAGUAAUGUUAGUGAUGGCGAUGGCAAGGAUAAUGAUGGCAAACAUGGAGAUGGACCAACACACGAGGUAUAA